UACACACACCAUACCGUAGAUCAGAAAAUUUGAAUAAAUCCCUCAAGAUUUAUAGAAUUUAAUUUUGUAGCAGAUAGCAUAAUUUCACCAGCCAUUCGCAGACAGAUGUGUUAGCUCGCCUACAUGUGGUGAUGUCUGCCUAAUUUGUAUUUUCUCUCGAAGUCGUCUUCUACCCUUUUGUCUGAUUCUUCACUUUCCCCCAACCAAAAGUCAUCCACCAGUUUAUCCAAUUCAAAUUAAGCCACAAGUCCUUAAGAUAUACAAUAUAGUAUUUUCAGUUGCUUCUUUGACUAUUUUCAGUUUUUUGCUCUGACAUUCUUCUUCUUCUUCUUCUUCACAUUCUUGGCUUUCGCCGACGCCGCCGGAGAAGCCUGUAUUGGAGAAGGGCAUGGCGGCCGGAAGUCUGAAGGUCGAUUGGGCGGCGGGUUUGCACAGGGCGGUAACGAUGCUUCAUUUCGGGAAGUGGGAGGAGAAAGAAGAGGCGGCUAAAGUGAUCGCCAAGCUGGCGGAGGAAGACGUGAAGCGGCGGAGGGUCAUGGCGGAGCUCGGUGUCAUUCCGCCGCUGGUGGCGAUGGUCGGCUCGGAAGUGGCGGCGCGUCGGAGAUUGGCUGUCAAGGCGUUGAUCGAAGUCGCCAAUGGCUCUUCCACGAACAAGGCAUCAAUGGUGGAGGCAGGACUCUUAUCAAGACUACCAAAGAACACAACAGCCAUAGAAGAUGAUGACGAAUCAUCCAAUCAAGAAUUAGCCCAUCUCCUCCUCUCCAUAUCAUCACUAUCCAAAACCCAAUUUUUCCUACAACCACCUGGAAUCAUCCCCACAGCGGUGUCCAUUCUCCAAUCAAAUCCAAACCUCGACACCACACAAGCAUGUCUAGCCACACUGCACAACCUAUCCUCACUUCUCGACAAUGCUGCAACAUUGUCCUCCACAAAACUCAUCGACAUUCUUAUUACAAUGUCCUGUUCCAUUGCCAAAGGAGCAUCGGAAAAGGCCUUAUCCACACUCGCCAACCUCGUUAUAACCGCGCCCGGAAGGGCUGCAAUAGAGCGCCACCACGCCGUGCCAGAAGGUCUUAUCGAGAUCAUGACGCGCGGAGAGAGGCCGAGAUGCCAAGAACUGUCGGCAUACGUAUUGAUGAUGUUGGCUCAUCAAAGCUCCUUACAACGGCGGAAAAUGGCCGACGCCGGCAUUGUUCGGGUUCUUCUAGAAGUGGGGCUGCUGGGCAGCCCGUUGGCUCAGAAAAGAGCUAUGAAGAUAUUGCAGUGGUUUAAGGACGACAGGCAGAAGCCACAGGUGACGAGGAGGAUGUCUUCAUUUGGAUCACCCGAUGUUGGUGAGAACUGCAAGAUUUUGAUGAAGAAGAUUGUGAAGCAGAGUUUGAACAAAAACAUGGAAACCAUCACACGUCGUGCAAGUGGUGCUGAGGAUUCUUCUUCGAGGAUUAAGGCUUUGGUGAUCAGUUCAAGUUCUAAGAGCUUGCCUUACUAGAUAGGAUUUUAUUUUUGUAAUUGGUUUAGGUUUGUUCUGUAAUAAAAGAAGUUGUGAAAUUGAUCAACCAAGUAUGAAUUUGAUUGGGCCAAUGAAAUUGAGGCCCAAGAUGGCCCAAAAGUAAUACGGCCCAUUACGAUGUAAUACGACGCCGUUUUGAGAAGGCGGCGACAUGGUUGCAA